ACCCCACUGAAGUUCCUCCGUAAAAAAAUCUUCACCGUGCGCACACACAUAUCACGACGGAACUUGUCCAUCUAUAUUUCGUGCCAUUUUACAGCCUUCCUCAUUCAGAAAAAAAAAUGUGACGCAACAGGCCGAGACAAAUAAACAUAGAUAUGUGACUUGUCUACCGAAAAUUUUGGAAUGUAAAAAAAAAAUAUUUUUUAAAAAUUACGCUAAAUAAAUAAUAAAAAAAACAGUCACAAGACAAAUAGAUAUCUAGCACCAAAGUGAAAAGUGUUUAGUGGGGAGCUAUGCAUACGCUAUCUUUGCGCUUUUUGCUGAUUUUGUCACAGCUGCUGGGAUGCAGCUAUUGUUUCUUGCCGACGCGAAGUUCGGCUGUUCUCGAGACGGACUUCACCAUGGAGGACGUUAUCCGGAAAGGAAUGUCCAACUUUACAUUGGAAGAUGCUGGCGCAGACAUUGAACUUGAUGAUGCCAAAUCCCGAGAAGAUGCAGUAACAGAAAUUGUUGAAUACUUUAACACGGCAGAACGAGUUCACCAUGGAAAUCCUGCCUGGUCGUUCGCAAAUGAGAAAAUCUUGGAAGGACAUGGAUUGCUCGUGUCACUCCGGGAUCGCCUGAUACAGACACUAUUACCACACAAACCUAGUUAUAGAGCAGCACGAGAAACUCUUGGACAGAUCUUUCACCUACUUCUGAAGUUUUACAGUAACACAAACUGGGUAGAACUAGGUCAUACAGAAAUUUUCAAGAACCUAGGCAUUCCCGACAGGCCACUGAUGCCGGUGGCUCCCCCAAGCGUAGACACAUGUGUUGCGUGCGGGGAGGCAGUGCACCGUUCUUGCAGACAUAAUAUACUGACGGACAAAUUUCUGACAAGCGGAUACUUUGGUCAAAAACAAAAAGGCUAUUAUCCUCUAAUCGAUAGUACCGUGCAGUCACACGGAAAAUGUCGGCACGGCGGCGUUCACGACGGUGGUAGUAGUCACACAGCUGUUCCCGGCGGAAUAAACAAGCAGUCGGAAUGUCCAGAAUUUUCCCCGCACUACUUUCUUCACAAGAAUGCGUCCAUGUUAGCUACACAACACGUUAGAUUUUAUUUGUUUGACCAAGUUUAUGGUCUAUACCAUCUGCUUGGACAUGAGAAUUUUAAUCAACUCUUAACUGUGGAUUUGGAAGCAUCAUCUGUUUUUGUUGAUGUAGAAAAUGAAACAGUUCGACAUGAACUUGUGCAGUCUCUACAGAGUUCAGAAAUGCACGUGCUUGAUACAACGUCACUGGAGUAUGCCUGUGUACACAAUGAGGGCACGAUAAUCGUUGUCAGAUAUAUUGACAGUUCAUCAAAAAUUCAACGAAAUGGGCCAUGGCAAUGUGACACCAGAAAUAUACGCGUUUAUAACAUUCAAGUUCUGGAAACGGUCAAUUCAGGAUCUCGGCAAAGAAGAGCACUAGGUGGUCUUGACAUUUAUCAUUUGAUUGCCGAUAUUCCGGUGGAAACUGUGUAUAACUACCAUAGAUGA